UUGUAACAGGUGUCAUAACAUAACUCAAAACUGUCAGAUUGGCGAAAGAUGAUGGAGUAAUAAAUAAAGAAAAUAAAAUGACUUCCGUAAAUUUAUAUCAAUGUAGAUUGUGCUUGAAACGCACCCCAACUAGAGUGAAUAUAUACGGAGGAGAUUUUCCCAAAAUGUUAGAAGUAUUAACCUCAAUCAAGGUGCAAGAAAAUGAUGGUCUCCCAAGGUAUUCCUGUUCUAAAUGUGCUCAAGAGGUUAAAACCGCUUUGUUAGUCAAGAAACGGAUUCUCAAAGCUCAUAAAAUACUCCAGGAGAGGAUCCAAGCUAAACAGAAAUCAUUCCAGGAAAAAGCAGCGGAUAUAGGUGCAAUAGAAUCUGUUUUCUCUAUCAGAGAUCAAGAGAUUAUACCAAAUACAAAUACUUUUGUGCAGAAAUCUUUUGUGGAGACCCAGGAGACAAACUUGAACUCGACCAACGACACCCAGGAACAGACCCCCAUUGAAUUCGUCAAUAUAGCUGAUGAAGAGAUCAAGAUAGAACAAGAAGAACUCAUCGACACUGCAAAUGAUUCUUGUUCUAUUGGUAGAAUGCAAGAAAAUAGUCAUGAUGAAUCCUUGAAUAAUUUUCACAAAGCUAAGUACAAGAAAACCAAGUGCCAUAUUUGUAGCCGCCUGAUAAAAUCCAACAACAUAAAAAAACACAUAAGACUGCACUCCGCAGGUCCUUCGGUAUGCCAGAUUUGUGGGGUAACUUGCAAAAACUUCGAGAGCCUGCGGGGACACAUUUUCAAUCAGCAUAAAAGUUCACCGAAACAGUAUGAGUGUAAAGAAUGUGGCCAGGGGUUCCGAUUCAAAGACAAACUUCGGCUCCACAAGAAGAAGGCGCACAUGGGUUUGCGAAACUUCAAGUGUGAAACAUGCGGGAAAGGAUUCUUCACCUACGGGAAUUUAAUGACACACGUGCGAAAGAUACAUGAGAAAUUGAAGCCUCACGUUUGUGAAUUUUGUAAGACUGGCUUCUCAUCAACGUACGCCUUGAAAACUCACAAGCGGCAGCAUACCAAUGAAAAGCCUUAUGUUUGUUUCUUCUGCGAAGAAGGCUUUCGUCACAAUGCUUCUUUAAGGCUUCACUUGAAACGUAAGCACGGUGUUGUAGAAUCUAAAGGGUUUGUAUGCAAAACAUGUUCUAAGGGGUUCGCUACAAAUUAUGCCCUCAAAGUUCACGAGAGGUAUCACAUGUCUGAGAAGUGUGAGGUUUGUUCGGAGACAUUUUCAGGGGAAUACCUGAAAAACCACCUUAAAGAAGUUCAUAAUAUCAUUAAGAAUGAUCCAGCUGAGGAUGAACAUGUCACAAACUGAAAAUUUUUAGACUUGAUUCAAGUCAUUCACAAAUUUUUUGUGUGAAAUUUCAAGUCCUUGAAAAGAAAUACAAAUUAUGUGAUUUAUCUGAGAAUGAAAUAGACUAUACUUAUCCAUAAAGAAAAUAGUUGAUGAAUUGCUGAAAAGUGAUAAGGAAAAAUUAUGACGGAGUCGUGUUUCACUACACAAUAGCUUCUUCAGGCUUGUCUUUAUUGCCUGAAGAAGGUAUUGUAUAGCGAAACACGUGUUGCGUUUUUGUAAAACUGUUUAGUUAAAAUCUCGCAGUAGGGAAAAAUGUUAACCGAGAAGGACUCUAGCAUUUUCCCCAAAUGGUGACAUCAAGCAGAAAACAGUAGAUCCAUAAUUUUAAACAUGGUCAUAUUUAUGUUCUCAGAGUGGUAGAUGAAACUUCAACUUCUGUGUUGAUAUAUUCCUUCCUUAGAAUUUGUAUUAUUACAUAUAUUAAAACGUUUCCUGCUGAUAUGAAGAUCAUAUUAGAAAUUUUAUUGGUUCAAAAUAUUAUUUUACUCGUAAUUUUGGAUGAUUUAUUUUUACAAAAUGUUGAGAAUUUGUAUUAAAUGUUGUGAUAAUCA